UUCGAGUCCUGGUCAGGGAGGGUUGUUAUUUAUCAAUGCGGCAUUGCAUAUUUCCAUCUUUCAUAAAUAUACCUCAGUACAUCUAACUUAGCAUUUGAAUUGCUAAAUCGAUUUCCACCGAGUGCCCACGGGGAGUGUGUGUAAAACCUCGCUAUCAUUAUUCUAACCGGAUACAUCGCACAGCUACUCCUCCCAAUUGCGAAUCUCGCCGCCUGGCGAAAUGCCUGAAGGAGGGAGGCGAGGCCCUGCCCCAGCCUCAAGAGGCACGCGGCCGCCUAGAAGGUGGAGCGGAUCGCCGGCGGAAGCAAGGGGCCAUCCCCCAAGGAGCUGCAGGAUAUAUUCAAGGGCCUGCAGGAGGUUGAAGCCAUGGCGGUUCUGAGGAGGGUCCAGGGCAUCCAGGAGCUCGUGGGAGUGUGUUUGGAGCGCUUCAUGAUGGCCACCAAGUACGGCGGCUCCAUCCUGCAACGCUGGCUGGGAAGCAAGUCCCCGCUACUCCCUCAGCAGUGGAUCGACAUCGCCAUCAAAAUCACGAAAAUCUUUCGGGACAUCCACUCGCUGGAUAUCAUCCACAAUGAUAUCAAGAGCAACAACCUCUGCCUGGAAGUCACUCCUGACGGCAUCGAAGUCACCCUCAUCGACGGCGGUCGCUGCGGUUCUUGGUCGGACAUCUACGGCAUCGGGAGGCUCAUGAAGAUCUUUAGGCGCAUCCUGCCGGAGACGCCUGAGCUGAUCGCGUGGCUACAGAAGAGCCAGAGCCAUAGAGCCGGUUCCCGCGAAGGGCUGGACGUCCUCCUGGAUGCUCUCAGGGAAGAGCGGAGCAUCAUGAGGUGUCGGAUGGGGUGGCCAAGGCUGUGAUGUGUCCACGAAUAUGUAUUACGAUAAAUGUAGUGGUUUGAAAGCUUUCAAUGAACGAUAUAACGUAUGGCUGUAAUAUUAAUUCAUGUAAUGAUAACGGUUGUAACAGUA